AUGAAAAAUGAUAGCCAUACUGUGGUGGCAUGCUUCAUCUUCGUGGGAUUCUCCAAUCUUGCAGAGCUGCAGAAACUGCUUUUUGUGGUGUUUUUGUUUCUAUAUCUGGUCACCCUGACCACAAAUGCCACUAUAAUGACCAUAAUAAGAAUUGACCACACCCUCCAUACACCCAUGUAUAUUUUCCUCUGUGUUUUGUCCUUCUCUGAGACCUGCUACACCUUUGUCAUUGUCCCCAAAAUGCUGGUAGACUUGCUAGCAGAAAACAAAACCAUUUCCUUCCUUGGUUGUGCUGUGCAGAUGUAUUUCUUUCUUUUCCUGGGGUGUUCUCAUUCAUUCCUCCUGGCAGCCAUGGGUUACGACCGCUAUGUGGCCAUAUGCAACCCUCUGCACUACGCAAUUAUCAUGAGCAAGAAAGCAUGUGCUCAGCUGGUAGCCGCUUGCUGUUUCAGUGGCUUCCUGGUUGCUCAAGUGGUCACCACCCUCGUAUUUCGCCUCCCCUUUCGCCUCCCCAGCAAACUCAACCAUUUCUUUUGUGACAUCUCCCCAGUCCUCAAGCUGGCUUUUACCCACAUGCACCUCAAUGAUGUUAUCAUCUUCUUGCUGGGCAUUUUUGCCCUCAUGCUCCCACUACUGCUGAUCCUGGUUUCAUACAUCUAUAUCCUUAUCGCCAUCCUGCACAUCCCAUCGACCACUGGGCGGCGCAAGACUUUCUCCACCUGUGUGGCCCACCUCACUGUAGUGGUUGUGCACUACGGCUGCGCAUCCUUCAUCUACCUGAGGCCCAAGUCCAGCUACUCAUCAGAUCAAGACACUCUGAUCUCAGUAACUUACACCAUUCUCACCCCUCUGCUCAACCCCAUGAUUUACAGCUUGAGGAACAAAGAAGUCAAAAUGGCUCUGAAGAAAGCAAUUGGAAUUAGAAUAUUUCCAAAGAAAUUUACCCAAUAA